UCUUCAACCCUUCCCAGGCAAUCUCAGCCGUACCAUUCUGAAGCAUCCAUUUGCAAAAUCCUUGCAAAGAGUCCUCCUUUUUUGUUUUUUUGGCUGGGUUUCGCGACAGGGAAACAUGAAGCCAGGACAGCUUGAAGCGGCUGAAGCUUCGGAGCUCCAACCGCCGGCUCAAGGGCUGAAGAAAUGGAUGUCGAUACUCGACUUCAUUCUUCGUAUUGUCGCGGCCAUUGGGACGCUGGGGAGCGCCAUAGCCAUGGCGACGACUAAUGAGACGCUUCGUUUCUUCACUCAGUUCAUACAGUUCAGGGCCGAGUACAACGAUCUGCCAUCUUUCACGUUCUUCGUCAUAGCAAACAGCCUGGUCUGCGGCUAUCUCGUUCUUUCUAUCCCGUUGUCUAUCUUCCACAUCAAGAGGCCCGCGCUAACAAUCACCAGGAUCAUCUUGAUCAUCUUGGACACGGCGAUGAUGGCUCUUCUCACUGCCGGAGGAUCCGCUGCUGCCGCCAUCGUCUACUUAGCCCACAACGGCAAUAGCAGCGCAAACUGGUUCGCGAUCUGCCAACAAUUCAACUCGUUCUGCAAGCGAAUCACGGGAUCUUUGAUCGGUUCUUUCGGGGCGACACUUGCCUUGAUAUUGCUGAUCAUUCUCUCCGCUGUGGUUAUUUCCCGACACUAAAUUGGUCACUACCGGGCGAACUUCGCAUCCCUCUGUGUCUCUGGGUGUUCGGGUCAGUCGGUUAAUCUUCUUCCUUCCAGUCAGUUCGUACGUGCAAAAUACGGCACAAGUUUGUGCAUAGUGCAACUUUACUUCUUUUAGCGUAUUCUAGGAUUCCAUUCAUCGAGAGCCUGAGGAUUUCAAUUGUAAACCGAAGCGUUCUUUAUAUUGCUAAUGAAUAA